AGGCGCUACUACAGUGUAGUGCGACGACAACGACUGCACCAACGCUUCCGCGUGUUCCGUGAUUGAGCUCGGCGCAGCAGCACCUCCAUGCCGGCCGCAACUCGCCUGACACACCCGCCACUUUUUCGUUUCACGUUUCACUGCAGAAGCAAAAACAGCUCACAGAAAUCGACUAGAAAACUCAACCGAAGCUGCAGAGUCAUGGAGACGACGUACAUUGUGGACUGCGGCCACCACACCAUCAAGUACGCGGGGCUCUCCAAGCGCAGCAAGCGCACCGUCGAGGUCCUUGUGAAGGAACGCCGAAGUGAGUGCAACGCCUACGUGGCGGACGACGAGCGUCUGCGCCAGAGCGUGCCGCAGCUGCUCAGCGGGGAGCUGCGCACCGAUGAAGAGUUGACGUUGAUGCUUCUGUUGGACACCUUCGCCUCGCAGAAGUCAAAGGCAUCCCUGCUGUACUCCUGCUUUGAGCAAUUCGGGUGCAAGAAAGUCUGUCUGCACUACACCGCCUGCACAGGCCUCUACGCCGCGGGCGAGACGUCCGGCGUAGUGGUGGACAUCGGGUACGCCGGUGUGCAGCUCAGCUCCGUGUACAAGGGCGUGGUGCAGACCGCGCUGUCGUCGCGGCUCACCUCACUCGGCACCCGAAGCCUCGACUGCGAGCUGCACAGAUUGCUCCGCAGUGACGUCACGGAGGAGGCGCUGCACCGCAUCAAGGCGCAGUGCUGCUCCCUGACGGAGCGGGAGGAGCCCCAGCCCGAUCUCACCCUGCCCGAUGGCACCGUCUUCCCAAGCAAAGGGUUGAAGCGGUCGGAGCUGCACAGGGCCAGCAACGCGCUGCUUUUUUCCACGACGUCGUCCGUCCCCGACAGCAUGCGGCUCAUCUUUCAGAAGCACUCCAUUCGCUACCCCGACUCCACCUCGUGGUUGCGACUGGGUGGGGGAUCGCAGAUUGAUGGGGUAGAGGAAGUCCUCGGCUCGGCCAUGGCGCAUCCCCUCUGCCGCCACACCCCGAAGGAGCUUCAUUUGAAAGACGCCACGCAUGGGCCGGUCAGCGGUGGCAUCAUUCUUUCUCAGCUGAAUGUAUUUAAGGGCAUGUGUGUCGGUGCUGGUGAUUACGAGGAGUACGGGCCGGAUGGAUGCGUUCGCAUGCAAGUGGUGGACGCCAGAUGA